ACAAUAUAUCUCUGAGAGACUCCAUCUGACUCUGUUAUCUUCUUCAGCCUCAACUCUCUCUCAAAGCCUUAAACCAAAAAAAAAAAAAAAUCAACACCUCUACUUUACACUUUCAUACACUGAAACCUCUCUUCAGAGAAAACCAAAAAAGAAGAAGAAGAAAAACCUUCCCAUACAAUAGAGAGCAAAAACGAUGUCGUACGUGCCUCCACACCUCAGAAACUCAGGCCCAACCACUACCACCAAAAUCUCAUCCGUAAACCUAGACAAUGGCCGUACCAACCUCUCCUUUUCCUCCUCCUCCUCCUCCAACUCUUCUCUCUCUUCUCCUUCCUCCAAUGCCUUCCGCCGCAGCUCCGCCUCCUCCGUCCCCAACUCCGUCCUCCCUCAAUGGCAGCCCUCCGAACGCGUUCUCCGCAUGAAGCCCGACCAGAUUGAAGAUGUUCGUUUGCGGCUCAAUGUUGAUGUUACUGUUGCGUCGGACUCAUCUCCGGCGCUUGCACCGAUUGAGUCCUUUACGGAUAUGUGUCUGCAUCAGAGCAUCAUGAAGGAUAUAGCGAUUCAUGGAUACACUACGCCUACUCCUAUUCAGGCGCAGGCAAUGCCAGUUGCCCUGAGUGGAAGGGAUAUGCUGGGUUGUGCUGAAACGGGAAGCGGCAAGACGGCUGCAUUCAGCAUUCCGAUGAUACAGCAUUGUUUGGCACAACCUCCUGUUUGUCGUGGUGAUGGACCUUUGGCAUUGGUACUGGCUCCUACUAGAGAGCUUGCCCAGCAAAUAGAAAAAGAGGUUAAGGCUUUUAGUAGAUCUCUUGAGUCGUUCAAAACUGCAAUAGUUGUGGGUGGAACAAAUAUCUAUGAGCAGAGGUCUGAGCUAAAGGCAGGAGUGGAUAUCGUUGUUGCUACUCCUGGAAGGUUUAUUGAUCAUUUGCAACAAGGAAACACUUCCCUCUCUAGAGUUUCAUUUGUUGUUUUGGAUGAAGCUGAUAGAAUGCUGGAUAUGGGAUUUGAACCACAGAUAAGAGAGGUGAUGCGGAGCCUUCCAGAAAAGCAUCAAACUUUGCUGUUUAGUGCAACCAUGCCUGUGGAGAUUGAAGCAUUAGCACAGGAUUACUUGAAUAAACCUGUUCAAGUGAGGGUUGGAAAUGUGAGUAGCCCAACAGCAAAUGUAUCUCAAACAUUGAAUAAGGUUUCUGAAAGUGAGAAGAUUGAUAGGCUUCUAGCUUUGCUUGUAGAGGAGGCAUCACAAGCUGGAAGAUCUGGUCGUUCCGUUCAAUUAACUAUUGUGUUUGUGGAAAGGAAGACAAGGUGUGAUGAAGUUGCUGAAGCUUUGGUAGCACAAGAUUUACAUGCAGUUGCUCUUCAUGGUGGCCGUAGUCAGAGUGAAAGAGAGGCUGCUCUACGUGAAUUUAGGAAUGGCUCUACUAAUAUUUUGGUUGCCACUGAUGUUGCAUCUCGUGGCUUGGAUGUCACAGGAGUUGCUCAUGUUAUAAAUCUGGAUCUUCCCAAGACAAUGGAAGAUUAUGUACACCGGAUUGGAAGGACGGGGCGUGCAGGAUCAAUGGGCCAAGCUACUUCAUUCUACACUGAUCGUGAUAUGGUGCUUGUGGCACAGAUAAAGAAAGCAAUAGCAGAUGUUGAAUCUGGGAACCCUGUGAAUUAUGCAGUUGGGAAGGAUGCAAGAAGGAAGGAGAGAGAAGCAGCAGCUUCACACAAAGAAGCAAGAACUGCUCUGUCCAACCUCUCAGUGAUGGGACCCAGACCAAUAAGCAUUGAGGAUAAGUAUAUGUUCAUGAUUGCAGCCUCAAACGUUAAAGGAGAGGGUGCUGCAGAUAGUGCUUGGGAUGAUUGAUACAGUCUUCCUUUGGUACCUCUUUCAAAGAUGAUUGAUGAUCCAAUGCCUAAGGCUCCAAGAUCCUUACAUUGGUGUGUUGCUUCUGGACUUGGGGGCUUUUACUGCAAAAUUUGCUAAAGAUAAGAGUUUAUUGUAAAGUCUGUGUUUCGGUAAUGUUGUUCCUUUACAUCAUGAAUGUCACCGGCAUUUGUAGCAAGGACCUGGCUCGAUGCCUUGGAACUUGUAGGGUUGGCUAAUGAGUGGCGAAUAUUGUAUAUCUUAAUAGUCAAUUUCUCUUGAAAAUUCUCUUAUUAAUUGAAAUUUUAUCGUAGAUACUUGCAUCA